AUGGAUCAGCAGCAGUCCCAGGGCCGGGGCCGCUCCCCCUCGGUCCAUUCUACCGGUGGAGGGCAAUCACAGCACCAGCCUCACAUAAAGAACCGACACUCUCCCUCGCCUGCCGGCUUCCCUAAUCCGACCGGCGCCACAUCCCCCUCGAUUGGACUCGGACUCGGGCUCGAAGGCUCAGCACAGUUCGGUUCGCAGCCCGAUUACUCCACAUACGAUUCGAAUAACAACGACAGCAACAACUUCUUGAAUCCCCAGCAGCAGCCAGCCUUCUCCCAAGGUGGCUUAGCCGACCCCGCACCGUCCUUCAACCUCGAUCAAGGCUUCACCCAGCAGCUAAAGAGUGACGACUCUGCCUUCAACCCUCAGGCUCAAGGCAGCUACUCGCAGAGCCUCCUGGCACCGAGCUUUGGCGACGCCGACUUUACCAUCUUCCCAUCGACAGCGGGAGAACAAUUCGGCGCGCCUCUCUUUUUUGGUGACAAUCAGCAGCUCGGCACCCCCGACAACAACAUGAUGGCCUCGUCGCAACCACAUAGCCCGACACCUCCCCACCUCCUCAACCCCGAUCCGCAUCAGCCGUCGUCGGCAAAUCACUCGCCCGUCUUUAACCAACACCAAUUCUCCUCGCCCCCGGGUGGACAUUCUCACUCUCGAAAUGUCUCGCUUGGUCCCGAAGCUGCCCUGCUACCCCACCAGGUAGAUUGGAGCCAGAACCAGUCGCAGUUCCAAGGACAUAGGCGUAGUCCGUCUGAGUACUCGGACGUAUCAUCUGUAGCACCAUCCCCCCACCUUGUCAGUUCAGAUACGUUCGACCCGGUCGACCAGAACCACUCGCCGAUGCAGCAGCCUCAAGAUAUUGGCGUGUAUAAUGAGCUUCAUGGUAUCUCGAGCUUCAGCAUUUCAGACCAUGGCACUCACAGCCCAAACCACCAUAUCGGCAGAAGCCCGUCACAUAGCCCCGCCAUCUCCCCGCGGAUCCUCCCACAGCAGCUGCCAGAUAUGUCCCAGCAGAAUCCCUAUUUGCUCCAGUCGCAGGACGGCGGCUUUGGCCCUCCAGCUCCAUAUGUAAUCCAGCCGGGCGAGGCUUUCCCCACGCUCGGCGGUCCGGAGAUGCAAGCACCAAUGCAAGCCCCCCCAGCCAUCAAUAUUGACUUUGCACCUCCCGCUACAAGGAGCGGCUUUGACCAGUUUGACCAGUCCAAGUCGCUCGAUGCAGACUCACUCACGCCGCCGGAGCGAGGACGCCCGAGGUCGCGACCUCGAGCUGUUACGGACCCUUACAACAGCGGCGGUGCCCUGCUCACCCACCGCACUCCGUCUGCAUCCGGAAGCCUGUCUCCCAAUGCCGGUUCUGAUGCGCGUUCUGAUUCUUCCCGCUCUCUCUCCCCCUUAGACCGAUCUGGCGCUGGCAGCAUCGCUACCUCUCCAAGCCGGAGACGGCAGUCGACCUCGGCAGUGCCGAACAAUGUGAUAGCGCUUCGUCUUGCGGACCCGGAGUACAACGGGCCCGGCUCGCAGGGCGACAGCGUCGCUGGAGGACCCAAGCGGGUGCAGAAACACCCCGCAACGUUCCAGUGCACCCUCUGCCCCAAGCGCUUCACACGGGCGUACAACUUGCGCUCGCACUUCCGCACGCAUACCGACGAGAGGCCGUUCGUCUGCACCGUAUGCGGCAAAGCCUUUGCGCGCCAGCACGAUCGCAAACGGCACGAGGGUCUACACUCGGGCGAGAAGAAGUUCGUCUGCAAGGGCGACCUAAAGACCGGCGGGAACUGGGGCUGCGGGCGGAGAUUUGCUCGUGCGGAUGCGCUGGGCCGACACUUCAGGUCCGAAGCCGGCCGGAUCUGCAUCAAGCCUCUGCUCGACGAGGAAGCGAACGAGAGGCUCAGGGUAUGGAACGAGCAGCGCAUGCAAGAAGCUGCCGCGCAGGGCAUGGCGAUGCAGGCGCCUGGGAUGAUGAUGCCGGGGAUGGAUCCCAACGCCGGCGGCGCAUACCCUAUCGACGCGGGCGGCAACUACGUGCUGCCGCAGGCCCUGCUGGAACAGUACCCAGUAUUGGCAACCAUGAGCUGGUCGGCUGCCGACAUGUCUGGUGGCGGCAGCGGGAUGGAAGACGAGAUGAGUGGCCGGAGUAGUUUCGAUGCCAGUGACUACGACGAAGGGGACGACGGGGGCUAUGUCAGCGGCCCCGGAGCCGGCUUUGGCCAGGGAGGCAUGACUGAAGGGUUUGGGGAGAUGGGCUAUGCAAGCGACUAUGGAGGCCGUUGA